AUGGAUCAAUUGACUAAAUUUCUUGUGUACAACAAAACUCCGAUAUGUAAAAAUAGCAUGAACUAUGAAGCAAUGAAGUCGGUGAAGAAGGAUAGUCCUCAAAUAGAAGGGGAAAUUGAUAAGAGAAUAUUGUUGCUAUCUCCUGAUCUUGGAAGAAUGACUGAAGAACGCGUGUUGUAUGCCAGAAACCGUCAGCCAGGUUUGAGACCAGCGGUAAUAGGCGGUAAGCCUAUAUCAGAAGAAUUGGCCAUCGAAUUACGUGUAACUGCUUUUGGAACAUCUUCUUGUCCUCCCCGUGGGGAGUGGAUCCAUACUCCUCUAGUUAUGAGACCCUCUGACCAACCCCUUGGAUAUGGGUUGGCUGCACCAAGAAAUGGUACAAGAUCUCUUCUAUCUGCGCUUCAGGCAAACAUCAUUAAGUGGCUGUUAUUCGAUUCUAGGCCUUUGACUAAGGAUAAUAAAUCUAUGGAACCACCUGAUAGCUACUUACGCCCUAAUGAAGAACGUCAAGAGGAGGCAUUAUGGCGCGCCAGCAGUGAAGUUAUUUGGCGUUGUGCAGGUGGCUUCAACGCUCAAACUGAAGUUAAAGCCACUGUUGGACUACCAACUGGUCAAGUAUAUGUUCAACAUAGUUCCACGUAUUAUCAAGAUGGGAUCACUGAGAUGCUGCAUAUGUUUGACUUCAAAAGUCUGGAGGAUCUACAGAUAUUUUUGAAGAGAUAUCUAUAUUUGUUUCAGUCUGAAGAUGGUUCCGGAUCUUUGCUUCUGUUGUACGCUUGCAUCUUGUCGAGGGGAUGUGAAAACGUUAAAAAAGACUUGGAUGGCAAACUGACGUAUCUCGUCUCGACCCAAGUCGAGGGCUCUCUUAACGUGACAACGUUGCUUCUGACCGGACGCGCUACUCCCUAUUUACAUAAUGGCGUGCAAUAUGUCGGCGAUGAAGAUCAUUAUGCUAUGCCUCAGUUUGGUGUUUUGUCAAGAAGCUCUGUCGGUUUGCUCGUGUGGUACGGUAAUGAAGAAAACGCAACGAAAAAUAUUUCCAAGCAAUAUCCUGGAUCGCGAUUGAAAACACCAGCUUUGCCAAUUUGGGUGACAAGCUGCUCUGGACACUAUGGAGUGCUUUUUAAUACAAAUCGAGAGCUUUUGAGAAACUACCACGCAGAACGAAGAUUUGAUAUACACUAUUACACAUGCGGAGGCUGUCACGUUCUACUUAAUGUAGAUACUCGAGCUCAAGAGGAGACGGCGGUGAUGAGGAAUGACGAUAUAAGCGCUACACCGCUUGAGAAGCUCAUCCAUACUAAGUGGCAGGAUGCCAAGAUCACUUGGUCUGGCUCUGCUCCGUUUGCGGACUCACCGAAC